ACAUAUUAAUCAGGAUUUUCUAAAUAGUACUGAGUUAUAUGAUCCAUCUACCGAUACUUGGACAAUUACUGAUAGCAUGAAUGAUGCACGAGCUGAACAUAUAGUAUCCAUAUUAACAAAUGGAAAAAUGUUAGUUGCCGGUGGACAUAAUAAUUUUAAUCGUUUAUAUAGUGCUGAACUGUAUGACCCAUCAACAGAGACUUGGACAACUACUGGUAGCAUGAAUUAUACACGAAUUCAAUUCACAGCAUCUGUAUUAACGAAUGGAAAAGUAUUGGUUACUGGUGGAUCGAAUUAUAAUUUUAAUCGAAAUAGUGCCGAGUUGUAUGAUUCAUCAACAGGAAUGUGGACAAUCACUGGUAGCAUGAAUCAUACGCGGUGGAAACAUACAUCAUCUGUAUUAAAAAAUGGAAACGUAUUAGUUACUGGUGGAUUUGACCAUUAUCCUCUAGAUACUGCUGAAUUGUAUGAUCCAUCAACAGAAACUUGGGUAAUUAUUGAUAGGAUGAAUAUUGCACGAGGUGAUCACACAGCAUCCAUAUUAACGAAUGGAAAAGUGUUGGUUACUGGAGGAGUUUAUGAUGGUGAACCUUUGAAAAUUUCUUCUCCAAAUAUUAUGCUUAAAGCACAAUUGCUUUAUUUUAAUAACGAUGAAUCACUUCUACAUAAUCAUCUUUUAGUCUGUGUAUAUCUAAGAAAAUAA